CCGCCGCUUGGCGCUUUUGUGCGCGCUCCGGGCUGUUGGUACCCGGAGUGCGGCCGGGCGGGUCGGAGCGAGCAGCAUCUUCCCCAUUGAUUGGAUUGUCUGCCCUAGAACACGUUUUCGGUCUCCUGACUUCUGUUUGCCAUGGCUUCGUCUAACAUCCAGGUGAAAGAGCUGGAGAAACGCGCCUCUGGGCAGGCCUUUGAGCUGAUCCUCAGUCCCCGGUCCAAAGAGGCAGUCCCCGAUUUCCCCCUCUCCCCUCCCAAGAAGAAGGACCUCUCGCUGGAAGAGAUCCAGAAGAAACUGGAAGCCGCCGAAGAGAGGCGCAAGUCUCACGAAGCCGAGGUGUUGAAGCAACUCGCCGAGAAGCGAGAGCAUGAGAAAGAAGUGCUUCAGAAAGCAAUCGAGGAAAACAACAAUUUCAGCAAGAUGGCAGAGGAGAAACUGACCCACAAAAUGGAAGCUAACAAGGAGAACCGGGAGGCCCAGAUGGCGGCCAAGCUGGAGCGUUUCCGAGAGAAGGACAAGCACAUCGAGGAAGUGCGGAAGAACAAAGAAUCCAAAGACCCUGCCGACGAAAAUGGAGCCGACUGAUGGGUUCUGACAACUGACUCUCUCCCCCUCCCCUUAAGAUCCAAAGACUGUACUGGCCAGUGUCUCUUUUUGUUCUGUUUGGGUUUUUUUUUUCCAUUUUUGUUCGUUAUUCUUUUCCCCCCCGUCCUGACACAUAAUCUAGAAACUGAUGUAGAACCGUAUAGGUAGAUUCCCAACUGUCCGACGUUGUUUUGGGGGCGAAGGGGGAGAAAUGGCUAGGGUUUUACUCCUUUUCUAAAGUGUUUAAGUCUUUCUAACGUAGCUAUUUUUCUUGUUGCAUCUUUUCUACGCCGGUACCCUUGGUACCGGGUUAAUGGCUCGUGCUGUGUUGGCUCUGUGGAAAACAUGUCUGUGAAAAGAAUCUGUAGAACGCUUCGUUCAAACUGGGAGUCGGCGAAUUACCCGUUCGUUCAUUCUAAAACCCGACAGUCCUGGGCUUACCAGAUGCUACUGAAACUGAAUGGUUAAUAAAACUGCACAGUGCUGUUAAA